AUGUGGAAGAAAACUUCAAAAAUGACAGAUCAGACCGCUGAAGGCCAAGUGGGCUUCAAGAAGAGGUCCAAAGUACCUGGAGUGAUGAUUACUCAAUUUGUAGAAGAGAUUCCAGAAGGAAAAGCUCACCCAGACUUUACUCGCAAACCCAUUGCUUUGACCAUUCAAGAAGGUAAAUUAGCUAUUUUCAAGGCCAUUGUCAUAGGGCACCCAGAACCUACUGUCACAUGGGUCAGAAAUAAUGGAGACGUGUCUGACCAACAUAAAUAUCAGACCAAGUUUGAUCCCAUUUCUCGAGAACACACACUUGAGAUGCCCAAUGUUUCUCCAGAACAAGCUGACACCUACAAGUGUUUUGCAACGAAUGAGUUUGGCAGAGCUUCAGUCACUGUUGUAUUAAAUGUUAUAGAAGUGGGAUACAAGAAAGACAAAGCAAAGAAAGAUGCUAAACUGGAACCGAUUGAACUCAAAACUGCACUGAAAAGAAAAAGUAAUGUGCGUCCAAAAACUGUACCAAAAAAGGAAGGAGAAAUUGACCCCAAAUUCUGGGAGAUUUUGCUUAGUGCUGAUAAAAAAGAUUAUGAGCACAUUUGUUCUGAAUAUGGAGUGACUGAUUUUCGAUGGAUGCUGAAGAAACUAAAUGAAAAAAAAAGAGAAAGAGAAGAGCAGCAAACUGAGUUUGUCAAAAGCAUUUCCAAUCUGAAGCACAUUGAAGUGAAACCUAGUGGCACAGCAUUGUUUGAAGUUGAUUUGGACCUUGUAGACCCAAGUAGUAGAAUAUUCAUCUACAAGGAUGGAGAAAUGAUUGAGUACUCCAAAGACAUGGAUAUGAAACACAGCCUAAAACAAGUGGGCAAAAAGUUUGUAUUUACUAUAAGGGACCUCCUUCCUGAUGAUGCUGGCCUUUAUCAGUUAGAUGUUGAGAAUGUGACCAUGUUCUCCACUGAAUUUAAGAUUCCAAAGGUGGAAUUCCUGGUAAAGAUUCAGGAAGUUAAAGCUAUGGAGAGAGAAGAUGCGAUGUUUGAGUGCGUUCUAUCUAAUCCCUUCUCAAAAAUCCUGUGGGUGGGGAAGAAUGUCCCUGUGGAACAGGGAGAAAAAUAUGACAUAACAGUUUCUGAAGACAAGCUGAUUCACCGACUGGUGGUGAAAGACUGUAUGCUGGUGGAUAAGGGUAUAUAUGCUGCUGUGGCAGGUAUCAAGUCCUGUAAUGCCUGGCUGAUAGUGGAAGCUGAUAGUGAUCCAAACCUACAUGGCAAAAAGAAAGUCCGAAAAACAACACAGGCAGGAGGAUCAGGCCUUGAUCUGGCAAAAGUUGCAGCAGAACAGCAAAUCAAGCUGCUGAAAGAGAAGGAGGAGGUGAUAUCAGACAUCAAAACAGCUAUGCCAGAGAAAGAUGCAGAAGUUUCAGGAGACAGCAAAACUUCUGCAUCUAUAUCAGGGUCUGGUAUUGGAUCUAUGUCUGAGGGUGGUUCUGCUUUCGGGUCUAGAUCUGGUUUAGGAUCUGGUGCUAGCCCAGCUAUUGGAGGGACAGGGGCUCCAGUGGAGGAAACAAGAUCAGGCUUUGUGAAAUCUGGAGAAAAUGCAAACCUUACUUCUGCAGCCAGGAAUGCAAAUUCAGCCUCCAGUGAAGAAUGCUGUGAAAAUGCAUCCCUGACAAGCCAACCGCCAGAAAAUGCAGCCUGUGGCAAGCCACCAACAUUUGUCACUAGACUUAACGAUGAUAGAAUGGAUAGAGGUGGUUCCAAUGAUGCAAAAAAGCCUUCUGAAGUGCCUACUUGCAAAAGUUCAGGCACUCCUAAACUGACUAACCAAAGUGGCAAGAAUACCAACUCAGAUGAACAAAAGUUUGCAACAAACAUCUGUAACAGUCAAGCCACAAUUACAGCUGGAGAUGUUCCUCAAUUUGACCGUGAUGAAUUGUGCAAGUUCUCCAAACCUGUGGUGGUUAAAGCAGGCCAAAAUGCAACCUUUAAGAUGAUGUUCCCACCACAAGAUUCUCUGGAAAUCAAGUGGUUUAAGGAAGGUUCUGAGCUGAUAGAUGGUGGUGGAGUGAAAGUGGUAAAGGAAUCAAACUACAGCUGCCUUCAAAUUAAAAACUGUCUGCAAUCAGAUGCUGGAGAAAUUAACAUCCAGCUGAAAAACCUUUAUGGAGCUGUAGAGGCCUUAUCAAGACUGAUUGUACUUGGCAAGCCCAGUCCACCAAAAGGCCCAGCUGAGCUAUUAGAAUGCACAUCCUCUGUAAUUGAACUCAAGUGGAACCCACCAAGUAAUGAUGGUGGCUCACCAGUGAAGAAUUACAUAAUUGAGAGGCAGCAAACAGGCCAAAGUAUCUGGAAAAAAUUAGGGGAUGUCUCGGCUGAUCAGCUUACGUUUAGGGACAGAAAUGUGUGCCAUGGAAAGAGAUAUUCCUACCGAAUUUAUGCAGAAAACUGCGAGGGCAUUGGGGACCCACUGGAGACAGACCACAUUAUGGCUGGAGCUUUAGUAUUCCCUGACUGUCCAGGUCCUCCUACAAUUGUCAGUGCUUUCAAGAAUUGCAUUAAUCUAGAGUGGGCUCCUCCAGAGAAGGAUAGAGGAACCAAAAUCCUGGGCUACCAGCUAGAGAAACGAAAAAAAGACACAAGCCAGUGGGUGUCAUUAAACUCCAUUAAUGAACCCAUUGAAGCAUUAAAAUAUUCUGUGAAGAAAGUGUCUGAAGGAUCAGAGUAUGAGUUUAGAGUGUCAGCCAUUAAUGCAUCAGGAGCUGGAGAGCCCAGUCAGCCCUCUCAGAUGGUCUGUGCUAAAAAUCCCAACAUGAAACCUCAUUUGAAGGACCCUGUACAUUUCAUGGUUGUAAGAGCAGGAAACACUGUGAGAAUUGUAGUAAAUUAUGAAGCAUCCCCAUCUCCAGAAAUAAGCUGGUCAAAAAAUAAUGAACCCGUGCCUCCAUGUUUCAAAACUGUCAACACCGAAGGCGUGUCAGUACUCACCAUACCCAACUCAAAGCGCUCAGACUCAGGCGUGUACACCAUCAUGGCUAAAAACUCUUGUGGGAAGACUAGUUUUGACAUAGAUGUCAGAGUAACAGAUGAACCCAAGAAACCAGGCCAAGUGACAUUGGAGCAGCGGGAACAUGGUAAAGUGAUCAUCACAUGGGCCCCAUCACCAGAACAGGAACUGGAUGAUCAGCUGCACUACAUUAUAGCAAAAUAUGACACCAUCAGUUGUAUAUGGCACACGAUAGCUACUCGCCUCUUCUGUACAAGCUACACUGCUGAUAUCCAGCCUGGACAUGAGUAUCAUUUCAGAAUCUAUGCUAAAAAUGACAUGGGAAUGUCAGAGCCUUCAGAAUCACCAGUAUGGGGUGUUUACAGCUUAAAAAAUUCACUAUCAAGAGCUCCACCAGCUGUGAUUACUUUUGAGAGGCCCCCCUCCAUUUCGGUUCCACUAAAAGUCCACACUCCACCAAAGGGCUACCAGUGCUACAUGACUUGUGCUGUUCGAGGCUGCCCCAAACCCCAUGUGUCUUGGUACCUGAAUGGCAUCUGCAUCAACUCUAAUAAACACUACUACAUCACCAAUGCUCAUGGUGUGUGCUCCAUGUACAUCCUCAGAGUGGAGCUUGAAGAUGCUGGCGAAUAUAAAGUAGUUGCAGUCAACUCAUUUGGAAAAGCAGAGUGCUCUGCCACCCUUACAGUUAAAGAUUGAAAUUUGGCACUUCAAAGAUUUCGAUCUUAAUAGUGGGAUCCUUACAGAUGGUUAAAAAAAACAUAUUUAGACUUUACUACAAAAAAGCCAUUUGAGCAAAGUGAGAUUGUCUUAAAUAUAGUUCAGUGCAGCUAGUGUUUGCAUUUUAAAGAUUCCAAUAAAACAAAUUUCUUUCUAAUGUAUUUUUAGAUAUUUUUAUUCAUUUCAAGCCUUGCAUUCUGCUUCUUCUAGAGAAAUUAAUGCUAACAAUUUGAAAAAAAAAUCUGACAAUAGAACAGAAGCUUAAAAAAUAUAACAUCUAGAAAUAUGGGUAAUAAUCUUAUAUUUGUUUUAUUGUAUUAUUACAAAAGAAUAUAUUAGCUAAAUUUGACUCCAUUUAAAAUAUUUUUAAUUGUUAGUCAUUUUUGUAGUGUGACAAUUGUUACAAGUAGUUAAAGUCAAAUGUGCUUUAAAAACAUACAAGUCCUAUGAGUUUUAUCAGUAAAAUCUGAAAUGCAAAAGUUUUUUUUUAAAGAUUAAUUAUUAAGUAAUUUUGUCCUAAAUACACAGCCAUAGCUGCAAGAUUUACAGACCUGAAUAUCAGUGCCACAUUUGACAGAUGCAGUUUACUACUAGGAUAUGAGGAGGCUGGUAUUUCAUGACACACCCAGAAGUGUCCACGGGGUGCUCAGUGAAAUACGGCUGUCAGAUGAAGGUUUACAUUACAUGUUUACACACACAGUGUCGCUUGGUGUUCAGUGCUUGUAUGUGGCUUUGUAGUGAUUUAUUAUGAAAUAUAA